AUGGUUCCUGACAGAGGACCUGACACGUUGGCAGCCACGGUUGUCGUCACGGUCAUAGCCACCAUAUUUGUCGCUGCUCGCUUCUACACCAGAAUAUGGCUCAUCGGAUCAAUCAAACAGGAUGACUGGUGGAUUUUCGCGGCCUGGAUAGUCGCGGUGGCAUUUUCUACUUCGAUAUGCGUAGGCGUCAAAUAUGGGCUCGGCAAACACAAGGUCGACAUACCCGACGAUGAUUUUGUAUCCUUGCGCAAGGCCGAAUACGCGUUCUCCAUUCUCUACAAUCCGGCCAUCAUGCUCACCAAGACGUCAAUUGUGUCCUUCUUUCUGCAUGUCAUGUCCAGGGAUGUUGACCCUGUGUUCAAGUGGUGCAAUUGGUUGACCCUGCUCCUGGUCAACGCGGUCGGAACUGCUCUCACUUUUUAUAACAUCUUUCAGUGUCGACCGGUCGCUGCAGGAUAUCAGUAUCCUACUCCAGCAGGCGCGAAAUGCAGCGACAUUUUCAAUCUGUAUCUGUCAUCGGCUCCUGUGAACAUUAUCACCGACAUCGCAAUACUCAUCCUGCCGAUGCCUAUCUUGACGAAGAUGCGAUUACCCCGCAAGCAGAAGAUCAUCCUGGUCCUGACUUUCAGUGCCGGUGUCUUUGUCGCAGUGGUCGACGUUAUUCGCAUUGCGUAUUUGCAGGAUGCAGCUCUGGACCGUCUUAAAGUGGUCAAAAGCAACGGCCAAUCUACUCGUAUUGUUGAGGAGAAUGAUUUUUCUUGGUACGCAAGUCCAAGUUUCAUGUGGUCGGCCGUCGAGGUCUGCAUUGGAAUCAGCUGCGCAUGCGUUCCGAGCUUGAAACCACUCUUCCUGCGGUUCAUGCCACUCCUGAUCAAGGACGAAGGAGACAGUCAAACACAAAAUGGCAGCGUUGACCUGACAAGGACCAAUCAAUCUGCGAUUUCCAACUUGCCCAAGGGUAACGUCUCGAUGCUCAACCAUCCUGCCGCGUUCCACAAGCCGAGUACCCCAGAAUAUUGCGGGGAGGAUGAUGGUGACCAAAUGGGGUUCUUGAAUAUGCUCGCCAAAACGCCAUCGAAUGACAUGCUGGGUCUUGAACGUACCUCGACCAGGCGCUCGCGGAGGAGUGUCGCGAAAACCACCGCAUCAGACUUCAAAUUCGUCAACAUGUCCAAAAGAAACAUGCUCAAGCUCUCGAACAAGCAAAGCAUAUGGCCGAACGCUGUUGUCACUGUGAUCUUCUUUCUCUGGGGUUUUGCGUAUGGCCUCCUCGACACACUGAAUUCCCGGUUUGAGCAGGUUGCAAAACUAUCCAGUGCCCAAGGGUUGGGCCUCCAUGCUGCCUAUUACGGCGGAUAUCUGAUCGGCCCAUUAACAUUGGGACGUUUCAUCCUGAAAAGAUACGGCUUCAAAGCUUCAAUGAUUGCCGGACUUUUUGUAUAUGGCUGCGGAACCUUGGUAUUUUGGCCGUCCGCAGUUCUGACAUCUUAUGGUGCGUUUCUCGUUUCCAACCUCAUUGUGGGAUAUGGACUUUCAUGUUUGGAGAUCGCCGCGAACCCAUAUAUCGCCCUAUGCGGACCAUUGGAAUAUGCCGAAGUGCGUUUGAACCUGGCACAAGCUUUUCAGGCGAUUGGCACAGUCUGCUCCCCUCUUCUGGCGACGAAGGUUUUGUUCAAAAACGUACUCGACGCCCCUUCGCUUAUCGAUGUGCAGUGGACUUACCUGGGCAUUGCGCUUUUCGACUUUGCUUUAGCCGUCAUUUUCUAUUACAUUCCUCUUCCAGAAGCAACUGAGGAACAACUGGACGAACAGGCGGAUCGACGAAGCGCAGCAUACAGCGCUACUGUUGGUCCAUGGAAGGUCACAUAUGUAACGCUUGGGAUAGGAGUAUUCAGUCAGUUCUGCUAUGUUGGUCUCCAGGAAUGCGUUGGCAACAAUAUCGAACCCUUGAUCAGCUUGGUGAAACCACAUUCGGGGCUUGAGCCAUUCACGUAUCAGACGCUUGGACACACAGUGUUUAUGGCUGGUCGAUUUUUGACGGCCCUCCUCAACUUCCUUUUCAAACCUAGGUCGGUGUUGUUGGUCCUGUAUGUCGGUCUUGUCGUGUGUUUAGCGCUCCAGAUGCAUCUCAGCGCAGAUGGCGGAGCAGUUGUUGCACUACUCACUUUUUUCGUGGAAGCGGGCAUCUUCGCCAACACCUUUGCCUCGAGUAUGCGUGGGUUGGGAGUUCACACGAAAACUGGAUCUGCACUCAUGACAUCGGCCAUCUCGGGCGGGGGAGUUUUCCCUCCCAUUGCAUGGGCUGUGAGCAAAGGCCAUGGGUUGAAGUACUCGUACUGCGUUCCCCUGGCUGGAGCUGUUUUUGGGAUGUUCUUCCCAAUCUAUUUGGCUUUGGUACCGGCUGCCAAGGUCCAAGUAGACCCGGUCCAUGAUAGGCGGAUGGAUUCGAGGUUACCAGAUUUCUCCGAUCAACCCGGCACAAAUUCGAGUCUCGAAUCCCGCGCCCAGCAAUAUGGCGUUGCAGGCAUGAUCGCAAGACGCAAGAACCGUAAAGAAGGGAACGGGGAUUCGGCUCAUGCCACGACUGAACAUCUGGAAAAGCCUGUGAGAAAAGGUCGAAGUUCAAGAUCAGGGCUUCCUGUGUUUGUGGUGGAUUUUGCCGACGACAAAAUUCGGGAGAUUAGCCCCGCGCCAGAAAGUCCAACGGCAGCACCAGUCGACUCGAGGCCGGCCAAGGGAUACGUUGCAGCACUUGCAUUGUGGCCUCAAGGCGAAGGCGAAGCUGGAAGUCAUGCGGGGACCUCGAAUUUCGACAAUGCCGCGAGAGAUGAUGCUGACAUCGCUAUUGGCCAGCGUCGACCUGUUUGGGAAGGUGGUGGUGAGGCUGAUGAAGAUCCAGACGACUAUCAUGCCAUCGUGAGAAAGAUAUAA